ACCACGCCAUCAGACACCAUACCAUGUCUCUGCUCGAUCCCAAUGCCCGAGCGACCGGCCAAGCAUCUGCGCGCCUCCGAAACAAGGUGUCUGCACACCCGCGCCAGUCUUCGGGCGUCUACAACACCUUUUCGGCCAAGCAGAUCUCGGGCCUGCGCGAGGCCUUUGGCACAAUCGACACCGACUCCGACGGCUUCAUUACGCGCAGGGACCUCGAUGCGAUGCUGGGCAACCUGGGCCAGGCCAACGAAGGCGGAAAGGCCAGUGCGGCGCUGAUGCAGAGUGCACUCAAGGACGGCGAGGGCGCGACGGAAAAGGUCAACUUCACCCAGUUUCUCACCAUGUUUGGCGAGCAUCUCUCCGAGCUCGAUGAGGCCUCGGACCUCGUGGCUGCCUUUGAGUGUUUUGAUGAGCGAGACGAGGGCAAGAUUGACGCUGGCGAGCUGCGCUACUGGCUAGGCGAAGUGGGCGACCGGAUGCAGGACGAGGAGAUCGACCGGCUCCUCUCGGGCCCGUUCAUGGAUCGAGGCGGACGCAACUUUGACUACAAGGCUUUCGUCGAAGCCGUCAAGAUGAGCGAGCCCGCCGAGCUCGAGUAGAGGGCGCCCCUCCGCUGUAUCUUUUUCGCUGUACCACUACCAACCGUUCGGCUUACUGAUGAAUGAAUGCCACAUUUGCUACAUU